CGCACUAAAUUCUAGUCUAUUAGACCUUCAUGAUUGACAAGAACUAGUUACUUGUUGUCGAACGGAACUGCACCCUCUGGUGGUCCAAAUACAGAACAUUGAAUGACAGUAGCCUCCAUAGAGAGAAAUUAAGUAACUUAGUAAAUUUUAGGGACUUAACUUUUUGUGACAUGACGUGUAUUUGACGAUGCUUCCCAAAUAUUAAAGUCACAGAGGCCUGGGACACCUGGGAAAACACUCAACAAAACAUACACUUUUGAAAUUGUGGGUAAUAUGUGGUAAAUGUGUCAUCUACCAUUACUAACAUAAUUACUGUCGACACUACACUCAGCGCUUCCCGUACACUCUUGGUUCAUCAGGUUGAAGACCACUGUAUAAAAAUGAGCUUUGAGGGGAUUUGAAACAUCUGGAAAAGACUUGUUUUGGCACAGGACUGUAGCCUACUGUUUUUUGGGAAUUGGUGGCUCUGCAGUGGUCUGUGUUGUAAUAGAUUUGCGUAGCAGAGGUUUUAAGAGACAAGAUUUUUAGAUUAAGAUUGAGCUACAUUUUAUAUGAUGGACCCCCACCAGAACAUAUGUGAACAACUUCUACAAAGUAAGGCCCCACAGGGACUGGGGUCAAAACCAAGAAUCUUCAUGCUACUGUCCCGUCCCGCAAGAGAACAGUAGUGAACCCCUCCUCUGCCCUCCUCUGUGGGGUUGAGUAUAAAACAGAGGAGCUCUGACACAUCUGCAGAGCACAGCUGUGGACCAGGACUGCAUCAUGAGGGUCUGGACUCUGCUCUGGACUCUGGGACUUCUGCUGAGGGAAAUACAUGCUUGGGGCUACCGCAAUGGCAUAUUUCAUAAUUCAAUAUGGUUAGAGCAGGCAGCUGGAGUCUACCACCGGGAAUCACGCAAAGGGAGGUACCAGCUGACGUAUAAAGAAGCCAUUGCCGUCUGCAAAUACGAGGGGGGCGCACUGGCCACUUAUGACCAACUGGAGGCGGCACGAGAGAUAGGGUUCCAUGUGUGCUCAGCUGGAUGGUUUGAUAAAGGUCGGGUUGGCUAUCCCAUAGUGAAGGCCGGAGCAAACUGUGGAUUUGGAAAAAUUGGCAUCAUUGACUACGGAUACAGGCUGAACAAGAACGAGAAAUGGGAUGUGUACUGCUACAACCCAAAUGGCAAGGAGUGUGGGGGUGUCCUGACAGAGCCUGAGAGGAUGAUCCAGUCUCCCGGUUUCCCUGAGGAGUACCAGGAUGAACAGAUCUGCUACUGGCACAUCCGGGUCAAGUUAGGUCAAAGGAUCAACCUGCACUUCCUGGAGUUUGACGUGGAAGAUGACACCGACUGCCUGGCUGACUAUCUAGAAAUCUACGACAGCUAUGAUGAUGUGACUGGAUUUGUCGGCAGAUUCUGUGGUGACUAUCUGCCAUAUGAUAUUUUAAGCACAGGAAACGUGAUGACAUUGAAGUUUUUGACUGACGCUUCAGUCACUGGAGGAGGCUUCCAGCUACGCUAUAAAGCUUUCAAUGCAUCACUGGUUUAACACAACUGAUAUUGUAUGAAUAUGUAACCUACGGUGGUACUAUUUAACUUUUUGUAGUCUAUUUAAUGCAAAUGCUUACCCCCACUGUGCAAAGAUUUGGAUUGUGCAGGUUCCUAUGCUCUAUUA